CUGGGAAGAUGGCGGCGGCCGGCGGCUGCCGGAAAUGUCUCCUCACUGGCAUCUGGCUGAUCUCCAGGAGAUACCCAGGCCCUUCCCUCCCCAGGGGCACAGUGUAUGGAAUCAGCAGGCCUGGGCUGGAGCUCCAGCAGUCCAGAUGCUAUGCCUCAGGAGGGAGGAAAGGUUUCAUCUCAGGCUUUGUGGAGAACAUCAAACAGGAGCUGGCCAAGAACAAAGAGAUGAAGGAAAGCAUCAAGAAGUUCCGGGCCGAGGCCAGGAGGCUGGAGGAGUCUGAUGCCCUCCAGGAGGCCAGGAGGAAAUAUAAAACCAUCGAGUCUGAAACAGUGAAAACCUCAGAGGUGAUCAAGAAGAAGCUGGAAGAAAUCACUGGCACAGUGAAAGAGAGCCUGGAUGAAGUCAGCAGGAGCGACCUGGGCCGGAAGAUAAAGGAGGGGGUGGAGGAGGCAGCAAAGACAGCAAAGCAGUCUGCAGAGUCUGUGACCAAGGGAGGGGAGAAGCUGGGCAAGACAGCAGCCUUCAAAGCCAUCUCUCAGGGAGUAGAAAGUGUGAGGAAGGAGCUGGAUGAAAGUGUCCUGGGGCAGAGUGCUCCUUACCGGCGGCCGCCGCGGCUGCGCAAGAGGACGGAGUACUCAGGGGACAGCACCAAGGAGCAGAGAGUCUUUGAGGCUAAUGAGGAGGCCAUGGGGGUGGUGCUGCACAAGGACUCCAAGUGGUACCAGCAGUGGAAGGACUUCAAGGACAACAAUGUGGUCUUCAACAGGUUCUUUGCGAUGAAGAUGCGCUACGACGAGAGCGACCACGCCCUCAUCCGGGCCUCCCGAGCCCUCACCGACAGGGUCUCUGACCUCCUGGGGGGGCUGUUCUCCAAGACAGAGAUGUCUGAGGUGCUGACAGAGAUCCUCAGGGUGGAUCCCUCCUUCGACAAGGAUCGCUUCCUGCGGCAGUGCGAGAGGGACAUCAUCCCCAACGUGCUGGAGGCUCUGAUUGCUGGGGAGCUGGAGAUCCUCAAGGACUGGUGCUAUGAAGCAACCUACAGCCAGCUUGCUCACCCAAUCCAGCAGGCCAAGGCCAUGGGGCUGCAGUUCCACUCCAGGAUCCUGGACAUUGACAACCUGGAUCUGGCCAUGGGGAAGAUGAUGGAGCAGGGACCAGUGCUGAUCAUCACCUUCCAGGCCCAGGUGGUGAUGGUGAUUAAGAACCAGAGUGGGGAGGUGGUGGAAGGAGAUCCUGACAAGGUGCUGAGGAUGCUCUACGUGUGGGCACUGUGCAGGGACCAGCAGGAGCUCAACCCCUAUGCUGCCUGGAGGCUCUUGGACAUUUCCUCCUCCAGCACUGAGCAGGUGCUCUGAGAGCUGCCCCCAGGCCUUCCUGCAGCUCCCUGCCCACCCUGCCACCUCUGGACUUGCACCUCCCUGGUGGCCUGUGGGGGAAGGAGGCUUGGGCUGGUUCCUGGCAGCAGCAGAGGCUGUGGCUGUGCCCUCGUUGCACCAC